GGCGUGUCCCGCUCCCCCUGAAUGACGGGCGGCAGGUUCGACUUCGACGAUGGCGGCACUUAUUGCGGAGGCUGGGAGGACGGCAAAGCCCACGGGCACGGCAUUUGCACCGGGCCGAAAGGGCAGGGCGAGUACGCGGGCUCGUGGGCGCACGGCUUCGAGGUGGUGGGCACCUACACCUGGCCCAGCGGCAACACCUACCACGGCUACUGGGCGCAGGGCAAGCGCCACGGGCUGGGCGUGGAGACGAAGGGCAAAUGGAUGUACCGCGGCGAGUGGUCGCACGGGUUCAAGGGCCGCUACGGCGUCCGCCAGAGCCUCACCACCCCGGCCCGCUACGAGGGCACCUGGAGCAACGGGCUGCAGGACGGCUACGGCGUGGAGACCUACGGGGACGGAGGUACAUACCAGGGACAAUGGACAGGAGGGAUGAGACAUGGCUACGGUAUGAGGCAGAGUGUUCCCUAUGGCAUGGCAACUGUAAUCCGUUCACCCCUACGGACAUCUCUAGCUUCACUUCGUAGUGAGCAGAGCAACGGCACUGUUCUGCAUGACAUUACUUCAGACAGUCCAGCUGGAACAAGAGGAGGAUUUGUGCUGAAUUUUCACAGUGAUCUUGAAGGUGUCAGUAGUAAGAAAAAAGGAGGAUUGUUCAGAAGAGGAUCCCUUCUCGGUAGUAUAAAACUUAGAAAAUCUGAAUCAAAAUCAUCAAUUUCUAGUAAACGUAGUAGCUCUGUCAGGAGUGAUGCUGCUAUGAGUAGGAUUAGUUCUAGUGAUGCCAAUUCUACCAUUAGUUUUGGAGAUGGGGAUUGUGAUUACUGUCCAGCAGAAGACCACGUUGAUGCCACGACAACAGAAACAUACAUGGGAGAAUGGAAGAAUGACAAGCGCAGUGGUUUUGGUAUUAGCGAGCGCUCAAAUGGUAUGAAAUAUGAAGGAGAGUGGCUAAACAAUAAGAGACAUGGCUAUGGAUGUACCAUGUUUCCAGAUGGCACAAAGGAAGAAGGAAAGUAUAAAAACAAUAUUUUGGUCCGUGGAAUAAGGAAGCAACUUAUACCGAUAAGAAACACAAAAACCAAGGAAAAAGUGGAGCGAGCACUUGAGGGUGCCCAACGUGCAGCUGCCAUGGCAAGAACUAAAGUGGAAAUUGCAACCUCAAGAACUGCACAUGCAAGAGCUAAAGCUGAUGCUGCAGAUCAAGCCGCCCAAUCUGCCCGUCAGGAGUGUGACAUUGCCAGAGCAGUUGCCAGAGAACUUUCCCCAACUUUCUACCAACCAGGUCCUGAUUAUAUCAAGCAACGAUUUCAAGAGGGUGCAGAAGUUAAGGAAAACACUGAGGAAAAGCUUCAAGAAGAACCACCUACACCAAAAGAGUCUCCUCAUUUUUAUCGAAAAGGCACUACACCACCUGGAACACCAGAAGAGAGCGUGAGGCACAGUCCACUCCCCCCUGACAAGCCGUCCCCUGCAAAAAAAGGCAAAAAGCAAAACUCCACCUCAGAGAUAAGACUUAUUCAAGAAAAAAAGAAUUUAACCAGUGAAAGUAUAACACCACCAAUCAGCAAGCCUCUUUAUUCAAAAGUACCUGUGAAGGAAGAGGUGAUUGUCAAGCAUCAACCAAAGCCGUCACCCCAUAACAACCCAAGCAGUGGUGAGAAUGGAGAGUUGCAUGAUCAUUACCAUGGCUAUUAUGUGAAAAUGAAUCCAUCAGUGUAUCCGCUUGAGAUUGAGGAAGACGAGGACCAUACCAACCCAUCAUCUUCAGCACUUGCACUAGUAGUAUCCGGCCAGAAGCCAACCCCAACCAGAUCUGGGCUUCUGUUAGAUGCCAAAGAAUCAUUAAAGAAAUCUGAAUCUGCUGCACCAAAGAAUCCUACUAAUAACUUCUAUUCAGUGGAAACAGAAUUCAGUGUGGGUCCUAAUUCAAUCAUGAUUGUUCUGGUAAUGCUGUUGAAUAUUGGUUUAGCCAUUCUUUUUGUCCAUUUUCUAACUUGAUUGGAAUUACAAAAGUGAAGUCAUGACAACUAGUGGCGUAAGCCCACAAUUCUCGGCAGUUGUGUCAUCAGCCUUUUAAAUGGCACGAGUCAUGUUCAGACACAGGGAAGGAGGCAUGGAAUUAGGAUGGGACACAAGAGAGAUGAAACUUGGAAAACUCAGCCCAGGGGCUUUUGGGUCCUCUGAAAGCUGAAGCGAGCAUCCAUGUUGGGGGAAAAAAAUACGUGCGCCUACACACACAAGCUUGCUGAAGCAACCCAAAGUGUGUUGGUUACUCCAUCUGUUCCAGCAGAGAGUGUGACUAAACUGGAAAUGUACGGAGCUGCACUUUUGUUGAUGGAAGCUAACAGCUGCCUUACUAUUUUGCCGUCUGAUGUUUUUGGUGGGGGAGAUGGGAAAACGACUGCCAGAGGAAUGUGGUCAGAGGAUUCUGUUGCUGUGGAAGCGAUUCCAGUAUUCACUCCUAUCUCAUUAGAAGAAAUAGUUAGCAGCAUCACUCACCAGUCUUAUUCCAUUACCUGCUGCUUUUAAAAUCUCCUUGCGAUUUUCUGGGAGAUUGUGUUUCAUUGCUUAUGCAUGGUUCUGUUCCUUUACUAUUUAUUUAAAACCUAUGUGUACAGCCAUAAUAUAAUAAUGUAGACCAGCCAGGAAAACUUCACACUACUCCUUCCACCCUGCAUCAGAAAAACAAAAUUAAAGCCUGUAGCAUAUGUGCAGUGUAGAUAUCUUUUCUUGGAAGGAUCAAUUUCUCCAUACCACUACUACUACUUUUUUAAACAAAGCCGGUAAUGUCAUUUUUCUCUUAAGGGUUAGGCUGUAUGCAAUGAUGUUUUAAACCAUCACUUAUAUCUUCCUUGUGAAAGUGGCAAGAAGAUUUGUUUUAAAUACGCUAAGAUUGGUUGGGCUAUCUCAAUGUACUGGUGGACGAACAAGGAAAAAUAUUUUGAGAAGAGUUGUGCCACUUUGGGUCUUAUCUCAAUAUUACAAUUUUUUUUAUUGGCAUUUAAAAGCCUUGCCUGUUUGAACAAUGGAAACCGCUAUUAAAUUUAUGGUAAAUAAUUAUUUUUAAAGGUCAAGCUUCAUGUUGAAUACAUUCAGGUAGAGCAUUUAAGUCUGUUAACAAUGAUUGAGUAUCAGCUGAAUGCCUUUUAAUGUUGUUGAAAUGAGUCUGUAAUCUUACCUCAGUUAGUAAAAACAAGCCUCAAACUUUUGUUUGGACUCUUUGUCUUAACUAGAUUACCGUCCUGUGUUUUGGUGAUGCAAUCCAUGUGUUUUUUUUCUUCUUCCUGGUGUUAAUUUACUCUAUUCCAUAUUAUUCAAAUGCAUGCUUGUUUUACUUAUAGGAAAACUGUAGACGGUGUGGUCAUUUUGAAAGUCAGCAUUUUAAAUUAGAAAUAAAAGAGUAAAGGGCUUAGGUUUUAUUUUAUUUUUACCUCUUAGAAGACAACACUCUCCAGGGUUUUGAUCCUGUUUGUAAAUUUAUUAUUAAUAUUAUUAUUACUAUUAUUAUUAUUAUUUGCAUGGUUAAAUGAGAGGUUUUCUUAUAACUAUGUGGGCUACUGUACAAGACAGCCAAUGGAGUGGACAAGGGUAUGGAGUUAUUUUUGUAGCCUGGAGCAACUCAAUGCAGGGCAGUAACGCAGUGGCAUUUUUUGCAGAAGUGGGUUGAGGAUCCUGUGUUUUGACCAGUGUGGAAUCAAGAAGAAAGCAGAAAGGCAGCAAAUGAAAAUUUAACACCUUAUAUUUGUUUGUUAAGGAAGGAGAAUGUGUUUUACUUAUAAAUUUAGAAAAGUAAUCAAUUCAGAAUCAGGUUUUUAAAGUAUACUAAGCCAUGGCAUCCUGUAUAAACACCUUUUCACAGUCCAACCCUGAUAAGUUAUUGAUUAAACUAGUUUUAUAACUGACAUUUAAAUAAUACAUGUGUAUUUAAAAAUCAAAAAAUAUGGCUUUUGAAAACAUUUAUAAAUUUAAGCAUGUUAGUUCCAUUUAUAAUAUAAAUAUGUAUGAUUUAUAAGCUUUUUUAAAAAUAAAGCUUCAAUCAAGAAUUGUUGGUAUUUUUCUAAAAUGUGCACAGCUGUAUUUUACAUAAAAGGCUAUUUAUAGUUGGUUGUAUACUGUACACUACAUUUUGGACAGCUCAUAAGUCUGCCAAUUGUACUUAAUUAUAUGUCACUUUGUCUAUUUAAAAUUUCUUGCUGUGAACAAACUCUUUAUCUAUGAGCUUCUUUAUUUAUAUUUCUGGAACUCAAAAUAGAUAAUGUACAGUUUUCA